CCGUCUGUUGCCACGGUGACUAUGACGCCAACCUGGUUCUGGCAUCUUAGCCAGAUUAUUAAGAUAAACGCCUAGCCAGUGGCUAAAACAGCCCCUGUCACUAUAACCUGCUGCCAUGGCAUCUGCUUUAGAUGCGCUGUGGGAAGACAGAGAUGUCCGGUUCGACAUAACCGCGCAGCAAAUGAAAACGCGCCCAGGAGAGGUGCUUAUAGACUGCCUGGACUCCAUAGAGGACACGAAAGGAAACAACGGAGACAGAGGACGACUCUUGGUGACAAACCUGAGAAUCAUCUGGCACUCUUUAGCCCUACCGAGAGUCAAUUUGUCUGUGGGUUACAAUUCAAUUAUCAAUAUCACAACGAGGACAGCUAACUCAAAACUGAGAGGCCAAACUGAAGCUCUUUACAUCCUUACAAAGUCCAACAACACAAGGUUUGAGUUCAUUUUCACAAAUGUGGUUCCAGGAAGUCCCCGACUGUUUACAUCUGUCAUUGCCGUCCACAGGGCAUAUGAGACUUCUAAAAUGUACAGGGAUCUGAAAUUACGAGCUGCUCUUAUUCAAAAUAAGCAGCUGAGACUUUUGCCCCGAGAGCAAGUGUAUGAUAAAAUCAAUGGAGUUUGGAAUUUAUCCAGCGAUCAGGGCAAUCUUGGGACUUUCUUCAUCACCAAUGUUCGGAUUGUGUGGCAUGCAAAUAUGAACGAGAGCUUCAACGUCAGCAUUCCUUACCUCCAGAUUUGGUCUAUCAGAAUAAGAGACUCAAAGUUCGGCUUGGCUUUGGUGAUAGAGAGUUCACGCCAGAGUGGUGGAUAUGUGCUGGGAUUCAAGAUUGACCCCGUGGAUAAGCUACAAGAUGCGCUUAAGGAAAUCAACUCACUGCAUAAGGUGUACUCUGCCAACCCUAUCUUUGGCGUCGACUAUGAAAUGGAAGAAAAGCCUCAGCCACUGGAGGAAUUAACGGUGGAACAGCCUCCUGAUGAUGUGGAAAUUGAGCCGGAUGAGCAGACUGAUGCCUUCACUGUCUACUUUGCUGAUGGCAAUAAGCAACAAGACCGUGAGCCGGUGUUCUCAGAGGAGCUGGGUCUCGCAAUCGAAAAGCUUAAAGAUGGUUUCACACUUCAAGGACUCUGGGAAGUCAUGGGCUGAAAUAAUGCACCUAAACACAGUUUUAAUAUUCAAGGAAAUAAUGUAUUUGUGUGUGUAAAUAGAUCAAAUUGAAGUCGUAUAGUUACACAAACAUACUUUUAUACUUUUUGUAAAGUAUAUUUGUUUUAGGGGAUAGAAAGAUCCACGUUAUGUAUUUAAAUACAUACUGAAGAUUGAAGAAGACUGUACAGAAGACUGUAUUUUAAACAUUCCAUUUAGUUAGGUUUGUGCUGCUUCUCAGACACAGUUUGUUUGUGUGUGGAAAGAACACGGUGAUCAGAGGCUAAAUACAAAGCUGCAUAAAGCUCUGAAGUAUUUUCAAAAUGUUCAACGAGAACAAACUGUGACCUGUCAAAGCAGCAGCUGUCUACUUAGGUAAUUCCCUUAUGGAUGUGUGUGCACACAAAUACUGAGUGAAACAGUCAUUGCUAUCAGUGAAUUGUGACUCACUACACAUGUAGAUGUCCCUAGAAUACACAAUUGUAAUGAAACCAUUCAUAUUUGUACACACAGCACUGAAUGAAAUAGUCCUGGUACUGUU